CUAUUAGAGUCUCUGCCCGGCUGUCAGUGACUCAGUGUUCGCGGGAACGCUGCCUCAGCCUCAACACCAGCCAACCCAGAUCCCGAGGUGCGCCAGCGCCCAGCCCAGAUCUCCACGCCUGCCAGGAGCGAGCUUCGCCGGCUCGCUGUCCCCCGAUCAGCCUCUGUCCUUCUGUCCGAGUCCCGCGCCCUUCUCGGGACCCCUGCCCAGCGGGCAGCACUGCCACCCUGCCGGCCAUGGAGACCCCGUCUCAGCGGCGCGCCACCCGCAGUGGGGCGCAGGCCAGCUCUACCCCGCUGUCGCCCACUCGGAUCACACGGCUGCAGGAGAAGGAGGACCUGCAGGAGCUCAAUGACCGCCUGGCCGUGUACAUCGAUCGCGUGCGCUCCCUGGAGACGGAGAACGCGGGGCUGCGCCUUCGCAUCACUGAGUCUGAAGAGGUGGUCAGCCGAGAGGUGUCCGGCAUCAAGGCGGCCUACGAGGCCGAGCUGGGGGAUGCCCGCAAGACCCUCGACUCUGUGGCCAAGGAGCGCGCCCGCCUCCAGCUGGAGCUGAGCAAAGUGCGUGAGGAGUUCAAGGAGCUGAAGGCGCGCAAUACCAAGAAGGAGGGGGAUUUGUUGGCUGCGCAGGCCCGGCUCAAGGACCUGGAGGCUCUUCUCAACUCCAAGGAGGCUGCCCUGAGCACUGCUCUCAGUGAGAAACGCACGUUGGAAGGCGAGCUCCAUGAUCUGCGGGGGCAGGUAGCCAAGCUUGAGGCAGCCCUGGGUGAGGCUAAGAAGCAACUCCAGGAUGAGAUGCUGAGGCGAGUGGAUGCUGAGAACAGGCUACAGACCCUGAAGGAGGAGCUGGAUUUCCAGAAGAACAUUUACAGUGAGGAACUGCGUGAGACCAAGCGCCGGCAUGAGACCCGGCUGGUAGAGAUUGAUAAUGGGAAGCAGCGAGAGUUUGAGAGCCGGCUGGCAGAUGCUCUGCAGGAGCUGCGGGCCCAGCAUGAGGACCAGGUGGAGCAGUACAAGAAGGAGCUAGAAAAGACAUACUCUGCCAAGCUGGAUAAUGCCCGGCAGUCUGCCGAGAGGAACAGCAACCUCGUGGGAGCUGCCCAUGAGGAGCUCCAGCAGUCUCGAAUCCGCAUUGACAGCCUCUCGGCCCAGCUCAGCCAGCUCCAGAAGCAGUUGGCAGCCAAGGAGGCCAAGCUGCGUGACCUGGAGGACUCGCUGGCCCGUGAGCGGGAUACCAGCCGGCGCCUGCUGGCUGAAAAAGAGCGGGAGAUGGCUGAGAUGCGUGCAAGGAUGCAGCAGCAGCUGGAUGAGUACCAGGAAUUGCUGGACAUCAAGCUGGCCCUGGACAUGGAGAUCCAUGCCUACCGGAAGCUGCUGGAGGGCGAGGAGGAGAGGCUACGCCUGUCCCCCAGCCCUACCUCGCAGCGCAGCCGCGGCCGCGCCUCCUCCCACUCAUCCCAGUCUCAGGGUGGAGGCAGCGUCACCAAAAAGCGCAAGCUGGAGUCUUCUGAGAGCCGGAGCAGCUUCUCGCAGCAUGCUCGCACUAGCGGCCGUGUGGCCGUAGAGGAAGUAGAUGAAGAGGGCAAGUUCGUGCGGCUGCGCAACAAGUCCAACGAGGACCAGUCCAUGGGCAACUGGCAGAUCAGGCGUCAGAAUGGUGAUGAUCCUUUGAUGACUUAUCGCUUCCCACCGAAGUUCACCCUAAAGGCCGGGCAGGUGGUGACGAUCUGGGCUUCAGGAGCUGGGGCCACCCAUAGCCCCCCUACUGACUUGGUGUGGAAGGCACAGAACACUUGGGGCUGUGGGAGCAGCCUUCGCACGGCUCUCAUCAACGCCACUGGAGAAGAAGUGGCCAUGCGCAAGCUGGUGCGCUCACUGACCAUGGUUGAGGACAAUGACGAUGAGGAAGAGGAUGGAGAUGAGCUGCUCCAUCACCACCGUGGCUCCCACUGCAGCAGCUCGGGGGACCCCGCUGAGUACAACCUGCGCUCACGCACCGUACUGUGCGGGACAUGCGGGCAGCCUGCUGACAAGGCUGCCAGUGGCUCAGGAGCCCAGGUGGGCGGAUCCAUCUCCUCUGGCUCUUCUGCCUCCAGUGUCACAGUCACUCGAAGCUUCCGCAGUGUGGGGGGCAGUGGGGGUGGCAGCUUCGGGGACAACCUAGUCACCCGCUCCUACCUCCUGGGCAACUCCAGUCCCCGGACCCAGAGCUCCCAGAACUGCAGCAUCAUGUAAUCUGGGACCUGCCAGGCAGGGGUGGGGGCAGAGGCCACCUGCUCCCUCUUCACCACAUGCCACCUCCUGCCCUGCUCCUUAUGAGAGCAGGUCUGAAGCCAAAGAAAACUUUAUCCCCUGCCUGUGGGUGUUUUUCUUUUUUCCUUCUAUUUUUUUUUCUAAGAGAAGUUAUUUUCUACAGUGGUUUUAUACUGAAGGAAAAACACAAGCAAAAAAAAAAAAGUGUCUUUAUCUCAAUCCUAAGUCCUUCCCUUUUCCCUGUAUCUGCCUUAAACCAAAGGGCUUCUCAUAGGAGCCCGGGGAAAGGACUGCUUUUGUAGUCUAGAUUUUUGUCCUGCUGCCUUGGCUUUGCCCUCAUCCCAGGACCCUGUGACAUGGUGCCUGAGAGGCAGGCAUGGAGUUCUCUUUGCCGGCCUCCUCCACAGCUGGCCCACUGCCAUGCCAGCUGCAAAGAAAAGGGGUGCAGAGAGGUCAAGCCCCUCCUGGCUCACUACACUUGGCCGAGACUCCUCUGCCUGCCUUACCCUCUUCCUGCCUUCCCUAGCCUGGGACGAGUGGAUUCCCAGAGGCAAAUCUGCCAUGCUUGCUUUUUUCUAUAUUGUAUUCAGACAAGAGAUGGGAAAGAUGGGGAAGGAGAAGGGAAGGUCAGUUGGAACCUACCUUUCCCCUGCGUACAGCCUGCUGGUGGGCUCUGUCCUGUCGGUGGAGGGCAAUAUUAAGUGGGAUUGGGGAGAGAGUGAGGGAAAGGCUCCUGGAGAUUGGGAGAAUCUGCUGGGGCCAGUGAGAAGACUAGAGGGUGUGGUGAUUGGUGGCUACAGCAAACACUAAGGAACCCUUCAUCCCACUUCCCAUCUGCACCUCUGCUCUCCCCCCAAAUCAAUACACUAGUUGUUUCCAUCCCGGA